AGACCUCCAAGGUCCCUUCCAGCUCUAUUCUGAUUGAUUGUAGUGAAUAAUAUUAAAUAUAAUUUAAAGUGUAAUUAUCAUCUUGAGAUGAUCACUCCUAACUAAAUCUUUUAUUUGAUUAUACAUUCUAAUAAAUUGGAGAGUGAAAUUGCAAAAAAUUCAAUUCCAAAUUGAUUGCUCUCUCAAUGUAGCCCUAAGAAAUGCUAACUUUAAAAUGUUAAUUUCUCUUUACUAUAGAAGUGCCAAGUUCCCAGUCUUUAUUUCACACAUUCAGUGAUGCAGUAAAAAUCAGAGACUUCCAGAAAAGACUGCUAUCUUGGUACAAUAAAUGUAAACGAGAUCUACCAUGGAGGAAACUGGUAUGGAAAAAUAAGGAGUGGUUCAGAAAUAUUUUGUUUUUUUUUAAUAAGGAGAUGAUUGUUGCAUUGGGUUUUUAUUCUUCCUGUUCCUCUAUUGCAGGCUGCAACUGAAACUGAUGAUGACAAACGAGCAUAUGCUGGUAUCUUUAAUCCACACUCUGAUGCUGCUGUUUCCCCUUUGUGCUUGCAGUGUGGGUAUCGGAGAUCAUGCUCCAGCAAACCCAAGUGGCUUCAGUGAUUAAUUACUACAAUCGUUGGAUGCAGAAAUGGCCAACCUUGCAGGAUUUAGCUGAAGCUUCAUUAGAGGAAGUGAAUGAAUUAUGGGCAGGCCUUGGCUACUAUUCUCGAGGAAAAAGGCUCCAGGAAGGUUCCCAAAAGGUGAUGUCACAACUGGCAGGUCAUAUGCCAAGGACAGCAGAAGAACUGCAGAAGCAGCUGCCAGGAGUAGGCAAGUACACUGCAGGAGCUAUUGCAUCCAUAGCAUUUGGCCAGGUGACAGGAGUGGUAGAUGGAAAUGUGACUCGAGUUUUGUGUCGUACAAGAGCCAUUGGUGCUGACCCUGCCAAUUCAGCUGCUGCAGACGCACUCUGGGCUUUAGCCCACACUCUGGUUGACCAGACCCAUCCAGGUGACUUUAAUCAAGCAAUGAUGGAAUUGGGUGCAACUGUGUGUACUCCCAAGACCCCAUUAUGCAUGGAAUGUCCAGUGAAACAGCACUGCAGAGCUCUCCAUCAAGUGGAAAAGCAUCGGUUAAAUUCCACCAAGAGACUCUUAGGAAAAACUGCUUCUAAAAACGUCCCUGUGUUAGAUAUGGAGGAAUGUGCUGCUGUCUCAGGGAGCUGUUCUCUCUGCCUGCCUCCUUCAGUACCAUGGGAGCCCAGCCUUGGUGUCACUAAUUUCCCAAGAAAGACUACCAAGAAGCAGCCCAGAAUAGAACACACAGCCACAUGCGUGCUACAGAGGAGAUGCAGUGAUGGGAAUCCAGAGUACUUUCUGGUGAGGAGGGCCAGCUCAGGUCUGCUAGCUGGACUGUGGGAGUUUCCUAGCAUCCUCCUUGAUCAAGGGCAGGAAAAGCAAGAGAAAGUGAUUCUGGCAGAUCACCUCCUAGCCUCGCUUGGCAAUGACUUGGCAGUGAGGCAACUACAGUAUGUCGGAGAGGUUCUCCAUAUCUUCUCCCAUAUCCGCCAAACAUACCUGAUCUAUUUUUUGAAUGUGGACAAAGAUGAGGAAAAUUGGAAUAGGAAUGUGGAACUGCCAGCAUCUCGAUGGGUGACCAAAACAGAAUUUCAGAUAUCAGCAAUCUCCACAGCUAUGAAAAAGGUCUUCAAAGUUUAUGAAAAAUGGAGCUGUAGAAUCAACGAUGCCCAAAUUGUGAAAAAGAAGAAACGGGACUCUCAGGACCAGCCAAUUAAAGCCUGAAGAACAGAGUAUUUCUUCCAAGAAGCUGCUUUCUUUGCAUUCGUUUCUUAGAACUGGUCUCAAUAGCUGAUGGCAAAUUCAGGCACAGUAUAGAAAAACCAUGAAGAGUGUACAAUUUUGCACUCUCAGUAUUCUGAUACAGUAUUUUGAAAUCUGGGUCAAUCUUUUCUUUUUGUUGAGGGCUUAUGAAUAGAGUCCUCUAGGAACAUAAGUCUGCCCAGUAUGUGUGAGAUAUUGAAGCAUGAUGCUGUGAUGGUGUCAUUUGAUUUCCUACUGAUUUGCUAAAUGUCUUAUUAAAUAAGCACUGCCCUUAACCUUACAUGCCCACCCACAAGUCGAGUUGUGCCAAAGAAAGCUACAAACUAGCAGAUGUUUUGGGAUAUGGCAUAUUGAAAGAAUGUGGCAAAGCAAGAUGAGGAUUAUUUUUUAGAGUCAGUUGCUUUUGGGAAUAGGUACCUGAAUAAUCAUUGUUUGCCUACACACUACUAUUGUAUUUCAUGCCAUUUUCCUAUAUGAUCAACUAUUUAAAUGCUUGAAAUGUCUUGUUUUAUAACUGUGGCUUCGCUAAUAAAACCUUAAUGAUUGUUUAUUAAAAAAA